GAAAGACAGCUUGUGUAGCGUGAAGGAACAGGAGGUUCCCGCAAGGCUCCACACAUUCCUAAGUCCCCAGAUGUGGCCGAGAGAGGAGCGCAGCCACAAACGUGCCGGCACGUGAGCGCCCAGGGCUGGCGCGAGGGCGCUGCAGCAGCCUUGGCUUGCAAGGCGGCCCGCUUUCUUCCAGGAAGCCCUCCCGGACACCGGCGGGGACCUAAUGGAAAGAGCUCCAUCCGCCCCCUUUUCCCCGAGUUCCAGCGCCCAGCACCGGGAGGGACUGGUUGCAGGCGGGCGGAGCGCAGGAAGGGCGCGCGGCAGUUCCAGUAUCCUACCUCGGGACGGUUGGCUUCAUGGCUGCAGAGCCUCUCCGGGCGGCGGGACAGUGGGGGCUGCUGCUGCUGCUGCUGCUGCUGCUGGGCCUGGGACUGGGGCUGGGGCCUGGGCUGGGGCUGCUGGGGCUUGCUGCGGCCGUCACCUCAUUCCAUGUCCCAUUCUCGAAUGUUAUUCUGUGACAUAUAACCGAGUCACCCGGGCAGCCGCCGAUGUUCCGAAUGCGUCCAUUGGCCACCGCAACAAAGAGGGGCGGGUCCUGGGCUCGGGACUCUACAACCCGGAGCUCCGCGACGUUCUGAUUGGCUCCAGGGGUUCCCUGGCGGGAGGGGACCGGAGUAGGGGGAGCCUGGCUGCCACGCGAAAUCCGAUCGCUGUCGUGUCCUGGGAGCCCCGCGGGCUGGAGCGUUUGGCCAUAGGACUUAAGAUCGAGCUUCCCCAGGGGUCGUGGCACUUCUAGGGUUUGCAACUGUGGAAGCAGAAGAGAAACAAAACCACCCAAGAAGUGACCCCGCGGAAGCAGAGGGUUUGGCAUCAGAACAGCAUUCCCUGAGGGACGCUGGACACACUCACCUGCCUCUACCCGGGAUGGUCAGCAGGCCAGCUCUGAGCGAAGCAGUUAUGAGAGCUAUGCUAAGUGAACCUUGAAUUAAGAAGACAGUUCUCAGAGAGCCACUGAGGGUGGAUCAGUUUCUGAAUGCUAACCCUGACAAGUUGCCUGUCAUGGAACCGGAACUUCUCUUCCAUAGGAGGGCAGAGACCCCUGAAGGGUAGUUGAGAGCCAGGGCUUGGGUGAGAAGACCUGGAUUCUGGACUUAGCCCUGCACUGCUCACUGAGACAGAGUCCAUACCAAGGACUUUAUAGAUUCAAUAAUGGGAAUAGGGCAGACACGGUGCCUCACACCUUUAAACCCAGCACUUUGGGAGAAAGAGGAGGAAGGAUUACUUGA